AGCUCUCAAAUUAUAUUCACCAUCAACACCACAAGAAAAUGCAGAAAGCUUGGGUGUAUGAGGAGCAUGGUCCUGUGGAAGUGCUUAAGCUCACCAAUUUUCAUUGUCCCGCUCCUAAAGAAAAUCAACUUCUCGUUCAAGUCAGAGCCGCUGCUUUAAAUCCUAUUGAUUUCAAGAGGCGUCAAAGACCCAUCUUUCCUUCAGAUUUUCCUGUCAUCCCAGGCUGUGACAUGGCAGGUGUGGUAGUGGGAAAAGGGGAAGCAGUGACAAAAUUCAAAAUAGGAGAUGAAGUCUAUGGAAACAUCCAAGACUUCAACAAUGGAAAGCGACUGAAACAACUUGGAACACUGGCACAGUUGAUAGUGGUGGAAGAGAACUUAGUUGCAGAGAAACCGGAGUGCCUGUCCUUCGAGGAGGCGGCGAGCUUGCCGCUGGCGGUUCAGACGGCGGUGGAGGGAUUCGAAACCGCCAAGUUUAAAGAAGGGCAAAACGUGUUCGUGGUCGGUGGAGCAGGUGGUGUUGGAAGCCUGGUGAUUCAGUUGGCAAAGCAUUUGUAUGGAGCUUCUUGUGUUGUGGCCACAACAAGUACUCCUAAAGUUGACUUUGUGAAGCAGUUGGGAGCUGACAAGGUUGUCGACUAUAGUGAGACCAAGUAUGAGGACAUUGAGGACAAGUUUGAUCUUGUGUACGACACAAUCGGAGAAAGCAAGAAGUCGUAUGUGGUGGCAAAAGAUGAAGGAGUGAUUGUGGACAUAACGUGGCCUCCAUCGCAUCCAAGAGCAAUUUAUUCAAGCUUGACAGUUUCUGGCCAAAUCUUGGAGCGGCUCAGGCCAUCUCUCCAGAGUCACCAUCUCAAACCUGUCAUUGAUCCUUCAAGUCCUUAUAACUUCUACGACGUCGUUCAGGCUUUUCGAUAUCUUGAAACUGGUCGAGCUUGGGGAAAAGUCGUCGUCUCCGAUUUCCCCUCACAACUCCACUAACGUGCUGCCUAUUUAUAUAUCGUUCUUUGGAAGUUAAUUAAACUCAAAUAUAUGCGCUACUGGUUAUACUUAUUAUUAGCAUUAUAAUAUAUCUAUGUGCAUAUAUUGCUAUUGAUACCUUUA